AUGUUACUGAAGUUUAUAUCAAUCAUUGCUCUUAUAUGUUACGUGAGUGCCCAGGAAGAACGGCAACCUCGUAGCGUACUGAAUCGCAAUCGUAACAACAAUGUGCAAGCCUAUUACCAAUCAAUACCUCAAUGUAUUUGCACCCCAGGACCUCGUGGCAGUCCUGGCGAACAGGGCAGUCUCGGAGUGAAGGGACCACGUGGUGACCCCGGUCUUAAAGGCCCCAAAGGGCUUCCAGGUCCCGUUGGUCCACCUGGAAUACAAGGAUCCCCCGGACGUGAUGGAGCUCCUGGAGCACAAGGCUUACCAGGAGCAAGGGGUCGCCGUGGCUUCCCUGGGGGCAGAGGCAUUCCCGGACCUAUGGGAGUGCCUGGAUUGCCAGGACCACCAGGACCUCAAGGUGACCCUGGGGUGGCUUCACCAGCCACGACAACCACCACCACAACCACAGAGGCACCUCCAGCGAAUAGGAGAUAG